GUCCCCUUGGCGGCGCGGCGCAGAACCGCAGGCGCUCGCCCGGCUAAGCCUGCGCGGGGCCGCCUAGGUGGCUCACAGCUUCGCAGGCGGCCUCCGGUUGCAGACCGCUGCGCACACGGCCCUAGGCAAAGACAAGGGCUCACCCGAGGCUCGGCGGCCGACGCGGCUCUCGGAAUAUGGCAACCUGUGCAUGGCUUGUCCUGGGAGGAGCUGACUUCAGUCAUUGUGAUGCCUAAGAAGCAAGUGUGACGUUUCUCCAGGUACUUCAUGGUGUUCUCCUCCAUCCUCUCCACACCACUGCUCUCGUGGCUCCUGAAACAUGGGGGAAAACGAGGACGAGAAGCAGGCCCAGGCCGGGCAGGUUUUCGAGAACUUUGUCCAGGCUUCCACGUGCAAAGGCACCCUCCAGGCCUUCAACAUCCUCACACGGCACCUGGAUCUAGACCCUCUGGACCACAGAAACUUUUAUUCCAAGCUCAAGUCCAAGGUGACCACCUGGAAGGCCAAGGCCCUGUGGUACAAACUGGACAAGCGUGGGUCCCACAAAGAGUACAAGCGAGGGAAGUCUUGUAUGAACACCAAGUGUCUCAUCAUUGGAGGAGGACCAUGUGGUUUGCGCACUGCCAUUGAACUUGCCUACCUGGGGGCCAAAGUGGUCGUGGUGGAGAAGAGGGACACCUUCUCCCGGAAUAACGUGCUGCACCUCUGGCCUUUCACCAUCCAUGACCUGCGAGGCCUGGGAGCCAAGAAGUUCUAUGGGAAGUUCUGUGCCGGCUCCAUCGACCAUAUCAGUAUUCGUCAGUUGCAGCUCAUCCUGUUCAAGGUGGCCUUGAUAUUGGGGGUUGAAAUCCAUGUGAAUGUGGAGUUCGUGAAGGUCCUAGAGCCUCCUGAAGAUCAAGAAAAUCAAAAAAUUGGCUGGCGGGCAGAAUUUCUCCCUGCAGACCACUCUCUGUCAGAGUUUGAGUUUGAUGUCAUCAUUGGAGCUGAUGGCCGCAGGAACACGCUGGAAGGGUUCAGAAGAAAAGAAUUCCGUGGGAAACUGGCUAUUGCGAUCACCGCCAACUUCAUAAACAGAAACAGCACAGCUGAGGCCAAGGUGGAAGAGAUUAGCGGCGUGGCUUUCAUCUUCAAUCAGAAAUUUUUUCAGGAUCUUAAAGAAGAAACAGGGAUUGAUCUUGAGAACAUUGUUUACUACAAGGACUGCACCCACUAUUUUGUCAUGACUGCCAAGAAGCAGAGCUUGCUUGACAAAGGUGUCAUCAUUAAUGACUAUAUCGACACAGAGAUGCUGCUGUGUGCAGAGAACGUGAACCAGGACAACCUGCUUUCCUAUGCACGCGAAGCUGCAGACUUUGCCACCAAUUACCAGCUGCCGUCUUUAGACUUUGCCAUGAACCAUUACGGACAACCCGACGUGGCCAUGUUCGAUUUCACCUCCAUGUACGCCUCCGAGAAUGCAGCCCUGGUGCGCGAGCGACAGUCACACCAGCUGCUCGUGGCCCUGGUGGGCGACAGCUUGCUUGAGCCGUUCUGGCCGAUGGGCACCGGCUGUGCCCGCGGCUUCCUGGCAGCCUUUGACACGGCGUGGAUGGUGAAGAGCUGGGACCAGGGAACUCCUCCCCUGGAGCUGCUGGCUGAAAGAGAAAGUCUUUACCGGCUGUUACCUCAAACGACCCCAGAGAACAUCAACAAGAACUUUGAGCAGUACACGUUGGACCCGGGGACGCGGUACCCAAACCUCAACUCAAACUGCGUCAGGCCCCAUCAGGUGAAGCAAUUGUACAUCACUAAAGAGUUGCACCAGUGCCCUCUUGAGAGGCUGGGCUCAGUGAGGAGAUCCGUCGGCCUCUCCAGGCGGGAGUCAGACAUCCGGCCCAGCAAGCUCUUAACCUGGUGCCAGCAGCAGACCAAGGGCUACCAGCAUGUCAACGUCACAGACCUGACCACGUCCUGGCGGAGUGGCCUGGCCCUGUGUGCCGUCAUCCACCGCUUCCGGCCUGAGCUGAUCAACUUUGACUCUUUGAAUGAAGAUGACACUGUGGAGAACAACCAGCUGGCAUUUGACGUGGCCGAGCGUGAGUUUGGCAUCCCCCCAGUGACCACGGGCAAAGAGAUGGCCUCAGCCCCGCAGCCCGACAAGCUCAGCAUGGUCAUGUACCUCUCCAAGUUCUAUGAGCUCUUCCGGGGCACCCCGCUGAGGCCCAUGGAUGCUUGGCGCAAAAACUACGGAGAGAAUGCUGACCUUGGCAUGGCCAAAUCAUCCAUUUCUCAUAACUAUCUCAACCUCACGUUUCCAAGGAAGAGAACUCCACGAGUGGACAGCCGAACCGAAGAGAAUGACAUGAGCAAGCGGAGGCGGAAAGGCUUCAACAACCUGGACGAGCCUUCAGCCUUUCCUAGCCAGAGCUUGGGCUCCAAUCAAGAGGGCUGUAAAGAAGGUGGAAAUCAGAACAAAGUCAAGUCCAUGGCAAGUCAGCUGCUGGCCAAGUUCGAGGAGAACUCUCGGAACCCCUCACUCCUGAGGCAGGCAAAGAAGUCACCUUCAGGCUUCCAUUUCCAUCCCAGCCACUUAGGAGCGCUGUGGCCUCAGGAGUCCAUACGGAAGGCGUUUCCCCUGAACCUGGGUGGCAGCGACACCUGUUAUUUCUGCAAGAAGCGCGUGUACGUGAUGGAGCGGCUGAGCGCGGAGGGCCACUUCUUUCACCGGGAGUGUUUCCGCUGCAGCGUCUGUGCCACCACCUUGCGCCUGGCCGCCUAUGCCUUCGACAGUGACGAAGGCAAGUUUUUCUGCAAGACUCAUUUCAUUCACUGUAAAACCAACAGUCAGCAACGGAAGAGACGGGCAGAGUUGAAGCAACAAAGAGAAGAGGAGGGGAUGUGGAAAGAGCAAGAAGCCUCUAGGCGAGACCCUCCUGCGGAAAGUUCUUGCGCUGCCGCCGCCAUCGGCACGCCGGAAGGCAGCCCCCCAGGUACCCCCAAUUCCUUCCUUAGGAAGGUGCUAAGCUGGCCCCUCAGGCUGCCGUGGGGCCUGCUUCACCUUCCCCGGAAGCUGCUUAACUGGAUUCAGGGACUGCUGCGUGCUGCCAGUCUGCAUAUCAGGGACAAUGCUUACAACUACUGCUACACGUACGAGCUCCUGAGCCUCGGGCUGCCCCUGCUCUGGGUGUUCUCCGAGGUCCUGGCUUCCAUGUACCGGGAGACCGAGGAGUCCCUCGAGGGCAUCCGCGACUGGCUGCUCAGAUGCUUCCCGGCCAAGCUGCACUGAAGCCCAGCCCCAAAGUGCCAUAACAUUUCCCGUGUAGAUGGCAGCAUGUGCAGCCAGCCCAUGCGCUGGCCAGGGAGCCCCACGCCCUUUAACCAGUUAGUUCAAAGCCAAAGAGUUUCCCGUCGGCCACCUGCACCUGGCCUGGUCGCGGUGAACAUCUGCUCCCGGUGCCCAGGCCAGCAUGACAUGAAGGAUAUUUUUUUAUACCUUUGUACUUUUAUACCAAAGCGAGCCAUUUUUCUAGGUUUACAUUUCAAUUUUUAACUUUUAAUAAGCCAAGAGAAAGCAUCUUUUUCUAUGAGUGUCAGUUUUUCUAGACACGGGUUUGACGUUUAUAACUGGUAUUACAAACCCUUCCCACGUUGUGGUCAGUUGUAAUCGCUGCUGCCUGCAACAUGAAUGAUUUGGGCUUCUCUGUAAACCAGAACCAGUGCCUUUUGAUUUAUGUGCCUGGAUACCACUUUUCAACAACGGACAGUUGUUUGCAACAUGAAAGCAUAAUACUUUAGGAGAAAAAAAUAGAAAGGGCAGAAGAGAAUUAAACCUACAGAAGCACGUGGCAGUGUGUAGUCGCCUGUUAUCUGUCCUCCCAGAGGGCAGAGGACUGUUUCGCUCACUUGUUUGGAUGUAAAAGAGUAGCGUAAAGGUUCCUCGCUCAGAACCGCAUCACAGCCAAAUGAUGUAGAACCACAGGGUCUCAGGCAGAUUGCUACAAAUAGACGUUUCCCUUCCCACUAAUGAGCGCGGCAGCGAAAGCCCACUGGCCCCUGACCACGUGGAGCGCCAUCAAACUGUUGCAGUGUUGAAGAGGAGUUACGUCCGCUGGUGGCAUUUUAAGCCCUCCUUAGGAGGUCCCCAGCCCAGGCUGCAGUCCAAGCCGAGGCCACUCAGGGUCCACAGCCAUGAGGCUGAGGGAAGAAAUUGCCCUUUCACAUAACGUCCUUUGGGACCGAGGGCAUUUGAUAGCACCUCAGGGUAUUAUUUCUGGGAAGUGCGGCCUGCCCCGUGAGCAUGGCUUGCAGACGUCCCGGCUUCUUAGCCGCCCGGCUGCCAUGCAUAUUUGGUCAAACAGUCAGAAACCAUUUAUUUUCACGCUGUCCUAGCAAAGGAAUGCAUCUGACCUCCAGGGGGAAGCUCCCCUGUGUCUUGACUGUCAGGAGAGGCUGGGAGUGGACGCUAUUACUGACUCAUGCAAAAGAAACACACCCUAUUAAGGGCAAAACAGGCCUUGGGCCCACCUGCAUUCUUCUCUCUGGGCAUCUGGAAGAGGCCUCAGCUCUCCCGACUCCACUUGCCUGGACAUACACGGCUGCUGAGUCUGGCUGAACAGUGGAGAUGGCUGAUAGAGAAAGGCCUUCUGCAGUGUGUUCAGUGUAUCUAGAGUGGCUGGGCCAGAGACGGCUCUCCGCGUGUUACACUAGAAAGAUCCUCUAGGUUAAAUAAGGAUGGAGCCCGGUAGGUUAGGAGCCAGAGCUCUUGAGGCCUUUGAGAUGCCAAGUUCUCUAGGGUGGGAAGAAGUGGGGAGGCAUUUCUAUGAACACUUCCCUAAGUCCUUGGGCAAAUCAGGGACAUGGCUGCGGCCAAGUUCGUGGGAACUGGCGCCUCUGUCCUUGUUGGAACUGUUCUCGUCCUAUGACUUGCAUUGUGUUUUUCCAAAUUUCUGCUGGUAUUUUAAUGUUCCGCGUGGUGGGAGGAGCCCUUGAUUCAUUUUAUGUUUGAUUCUGAAAGUCACGACAUAAACACAUGCACAGCUGUCAUUGUUAUUCCCGUCAGCUCAGGGCAGGGCGAGAUGCUUUGUGGGAUGCUCCGUGAAGCCAGUUAGGAUCUCUGAGAAUGUCACUUUUGGCCAUAAGGAGAGUGGUUUGAAUUACUCUGGCGAGACAGGGCGUGCCUGUCAGAAGCCUGAGUUGUUUGUAUGUUCUGAGACUUUGAACCUUCCUGGUGGGGCAGCACCAAAACACAAAGGUGGGUCCUGGAGGCGGGGCGGAUGUCUCUAAGCCUCCACAACAUAUUCAAGAAUGAACGUGGGGCUCGAGAGUAAAAUCGGGGCAGAGAGGAUGUGGAGGGCUGUGGAGGACAGAGGAGUGUCAGCCAAUUGCACGGAUUCACUCUUGCAGAUAAGUGGCUGCUCACUGCCAGAAAGGUUCAUCCGUCCUAAGCAAACCGUAACUUGUUUGGGGAAGUUUCUCUUUUUUUAAUGGUUGCCUCGUUUUCAAUUCCCGUGCCUUCUCGUGUUGCCUUGUGCCCCGCAACUAAAUUCUCUUUUCUGUCUCUCUCUUUCCGACCUUACACUGUGGCCGUCAGUUCAUUUCAGCCUUCCGGUGCUACACCCACUUCUUGGCUGACACAAUUCUGCUCUGAGGUGACUGGUUUUCUUGCCAAUUUUCAGAGAGUGGUACUAACCCCUGACCCGCUUUCCGUACCCCACGCCCCCGCCGUGGCCUUGGUUGAGCUAACUGCGAGUGUCUUGCAUACUAAUGCGCUCAUUCAGUGGCAUGGUUGGUGAACAGCAUGGGGUGGUGUUCAGCUCAAAAGCGAAAGCCGUUUCUGAUUCCAUCCCUCUGAGCCAGCUGCCUGGUCCACCCCAAGUGCCUGCCCCGCCUCCCCCUGCGCCCUGCGGCCUGCGUGCAUGCUUUUCUGGUUGCACGUACAAAGCCCCUCACCUUCCUGGGAGGGUUAACGCCGAAUGUGAGACAGUACCAUAGAGAGGGCGCUUCACCUUUGAAAAGAACUCUUUCACCUCUCAGCCUCUGAAAAAGCACAUGCAUACCAGCAUCUUCUUCAGUUGGUUCUAGUAUAAAGGUUAUCAAUGAAAACCAUAGGUGACUCUUUUCAGAAGGAUUUAAAAAAAAAAUACUCCCAGGCUUCAUCACAAGCUUGACCCAGACUCUGUAUCUUGAACACACAAUCACAAUUUUCCUAGCAAAUCCUUUCUCCACUGCAGCCCAUACUUUACCUCCAAGGGCUUUGCUGUGGCUCUUCUGAUCGCUCUGGGCUCGUAAAGCCCUGGAUGAUACAGAAGCUUCAACUAGAGCAGUCAUUGUCACAGACCAGGGAAGCCUUUGAGAGAUGACUCAGUUGGGCCCCAGGUCUGGAGCAGCGCAUUUCAAUGCCCCCACGAGCCUUUAGCUGGAGCAGCAGGACACUCAGAGUGCUUUUAAAGAGAAACACCACGCCAAGUACAGUGGGGCUGCUGAAGGCCAGGCCUCGCAGUCUCGGGCCGCAGGUGGUGUGCGUCCUGCAUGCGGCCCAGAGCCAUGCUGACCCUCGCCUGUCUGCACAGCCCCGCAUGCUGCAUGGCUCCCUCGUUGGUGCAGAUCCUAGCCAGGACCAAGUCACCCUUCUUGUCUUAUCUUCUCUUGCAGAGUCUCCCCCCUUUUUAGAAUGUCAACCAAAGAGUGCCCUCCUCCCUCCAGCCUCCUCCCUAGCUAGCCUCCCCACAUCAUCACCACGCAUGUUUGUGACCUUUGGUAGUCAUUACAGUGCCACAUGGAACCCUGUAUUUUGCACACGGCGGACAAUGUUUAGCUUUAUUUAUGGUAUUUGAUGCUGUAAAUGAAAAUAAAUAUGGUUCUUUAUAAAGC